AAUGGAAAGGCGGGAAGACAAACCGAAAUCUACUGCGCAUGAGCAGCGGUUUUUCCGCCGUGCCGCUAUGAAUACUUCUGGAAACAUGCCGGCUUCGUUUUGCUGACGCGCGUAAGAAUUCUUAGCCAAAGGUCAAGGAACCCGCAAAGGUAAAAAUUAAUCUAGAGACAUGAAGACAUGAGGAAUACUACUAUUACUAUUCGACGUUAAGACUGCUUGUCAGAUCUGGCUGCAAUUGGUUAGAUCCUAGAAGCCUCCAAAAGAAGCUUUAUUGCGUUGGAUCUUUUAAUUUCAUUCAAUCACGACAGCGGGAAAUUAAAAUAAGUUUGCAAUUCAUCGAAACCGAAACUGGAAAUGCUUGUUGGACUAAACGCCAUGUUAUUUACAUUUCCUAAGAAUUAUAUAACCAAAAAACCCUUUCAUGUCAAAACACUUCAAAGUCUGGUAGCUUAAGCUUCUUCUCGUGGUGUUUUCACAAUGCUGGGUUAAAAAGCUUUAGAUCUCCUUGAGCGUCUAUCCACUGAAGGACCUGAAGCUCAGUGACUCACGUGAGCUACGUGACGUAACUUGGCAUCAAACAAGGCAUAACUGGCUGCAAGGUGCUGGGACUGGUUGAACCGCGAUUGCGCCUAUUGUCCUGUUUUGGAGAUGUCAGCCAGAUUACUUGGCGCAAAAAAAAAUUCCUUUUAAUAUUAAAGAGAGAUUCCGGCUAGCGAAAAAAUUUACAAAGUGCUCGCUGCUCGCACGACAAAUUUUAUCACUGCUCGUGCUAGCAAAAAUAAACGCUCUGCUCGCAUCCUCGUAAAUGCUUGCAAAGACCAUUCGAUACCCCUCGAAUGUGUUCCGAUUGAGUCAGGAUGGGUGCACCCAUCCUGACAAUGGUAGCACAAAGUAUUUAAUUUCGUCUCUUUAAUGGUUAGCAAUCGACGAGUUUCAGUUCGGCAAAGUUCCGAAAGAAGCAGGGCUGUUACUCUGGGGAUGAUUGCCUUGAGGUGGUAGCCGCUUUUGGGCAACUGAAACGAGCAGCAUUGUAUCGUUUUAAGGAGCUCAGUCAUGAUCAGUAACGGCAUUUCGAGUUAUUUUGGCCACGUACAUUAAUCUGAAAAUGGUAGUAUUGUUUUUUAUAAAACCCCAAGGGGAUAACGAUAAACCACAAAGGAUCAUAGAUGUUAAAGGUGGAGAAGAUUAACACAGAUUACAAAUGACGAACUUAAAAAAAUUAGUUUUAAAUUUCAAGAUGAAAAAAAAAUUUUGCCGUGGCUCCUUUACAUACCGCGCUAUCUUAAUGGUACCAAGAAAACGCGAUACGAUGUAGCUGAUCCAGCUAUAUUAGUUUGUGUUUUAAUACUACGAUGGGGCAGGAGUUUCGUUUCAUACCUAACUUUUUUCCUCCCUUCGGGGAAGAAACGCUUUAUUGUAGCCUCUAAUACGAAUUCACAAGGGAAAUUGAAAUGAGGACAUAAUUAUACAUCUACAUCUACACUUAGUUAAGUCGGUAAAAAUCGUACUGCAAAAAAUCUGAAUAAAAAUAAAACAAUGGGUUAUUAAAACUAAAACAUCAAAACUAAUAUUAAAACUAAUACAAUGGGAUAUUAAUAACUAUUAACUAACUUUGAUUGAUACUUAAUAUCCGGAAUGAUUAACCAUAGCUAAAAAUGCUGUAACUUUUUUUUUUUAUUGGCUAGGCUGGUUCACUGGAUGAUUCACAAGCAGGUCCUCGGUUCACAGUUAUAAAGAACCUCUUUCUCAUGGCGUUUCCCUUAGAGAUUGCAUUCUUAUUACGCAACAUGCAUGGACAUGCAUUCGAUUAGUGGAAUUAUAGGAAUGUCUGGUGUAUAACAGAUUAGCAAUUUGCUGUUAUUUCACGAUAUUAUUGACAAGUCGCUGAUGAAAUUGAUUGAGCUGUAAAUCUGAGUAAAACACCAUCUUCUCACGCAAUCAACAGGCAAGCCCCAGUCUCCAGCAUUUUUUUUGUUUUUUUUUUUUUCAUAAGAACAUAACCAGAAUUCCAGAUUAGUCACAUGGUUCUUGAGUUUCACCUUUUAGGUAUCACCAGCGAGAGCUACGGCCACUUUUUAACGACGCUACGUUCCAGAUUACAUGCAACCAUCAGGUUUAAAAGUGAUUAAAUGAACAUCUUUUCCUUUCUCUCUCUUAUCAAUCUUUUCCCAUUUGAUUGCAGAAUGAAUAUAUCAAGCGCCAAGAACGAAGAACAAGAAUGGAGGUCUAGUACUAAAGAUUAUGAAAUCAUCCUGUGGUGCACAGUAUUUAUCCUUACAGUCAUUGCAAUACUCUGCGCAAACAUCUUCGCAAUUUUCAUUUUUACUACGAAGAGGUUACUGCGCAAGCGCAACAAUAUACUUCUCAUGAAUCUUGCCACCGCUGACUUGAUAAUUGGAGGCAUUGCAUUCCCUAUGUUCGUUAGCAUUUUCUACAUGUCGUCUACACAUUAUCAAUUCAGGGACAUGAUUUUGAACCAGGUGUACAUCUGCGUGGACAUUUUUGCUGCGUUGUCCUCGAUGAUGAUCUUGGCAGUGAUAGCCUUGGAAAGGGCGUUUUCUGUCUUCUUUCCCCUUAAACACCGAUGCACUUCCAGACGAUCUAGAUUCUACUGGUUUUCAGCGUCCUUUGCGUGGAUCAUGGCUGCAGCUCUUACUACUCCGAAGGCUCUCAAAUGGAAAGCAGUAAUUCCACCGUCAUAUGACAGUCACGUGAUCUUUGCAUUCGUUUUCCUUGCUCUCGUCACCAUCAUAGUCGCGUAUACGUCUAUUUGGACAAAGAUCAAAUCUCGUAAAAGAAAUAACAACAGUUUUGCCAUCAAAGAGAAGUCAGUGGUUCAAGCAAUGCUGAUAGUGACCAUUUCCUUCAUAAUGAUGUGGUUGCCCUUCUUUUUGAUCAACGUAGCUGUCAGUUUUGAUAAUCAGUUACUGCAAGUGAUCCCUCCGAAUGUUGUUUACUUUGCUAAAUUAAUGCAUUAUGGAAACUCUUUUGUGAAUCCUAUCAUAUAUUACUUGAAGCUUCCACAAUUCCGCAAGGCCUUACGUAAACUAAGUUGCAGAAGUUCGGCGAGAACAGAUUUAAACGUUUAAACAACGUCACCUGGAGUGAAUCAGCUAACGAAAUCCCAAUUUGCGAUUUUUACAAUUAAAUUUGCCAUGACAUGGAAAUAUGUUUUCGGUUUUAAUAUAUUUAUUUUUUUAUACAACAACUCUAUUCAUACUUUCUUGUACCUAGACAUAUAUCAUCUUUAACUAAAACUGAAAAGAUUUCAAUCAAGUACAUUUAUUAAGCGUUAAUUCAAAAUCGACUAGAAGGGUCAAAAAUUGUAUUUUGAUGCAAUUAAUUACUAACCUUAGUGCUGUUGGAAAUGCUCAAUUGGAUAACUCAACCGAUAUUCUAGUUUCCCACCGCAACCGUAAAAUUUGUACAGAUAUUGACAAAGGCCGGUCCUUUAAACUUGUAUACUUUUACUGUAUGGUAAAAGGCUCAAGAUGAAAAAGAGAAGCUGAUUGGUCCCCUAAGUGGUCCGCAUUAUUGUAAUAUAAACCACUCACGAACUUGUAGUUUCGACAACUACAAAAACAACAACCAAAAGAUCUUUAUUUUCCGAAUACAAAUACAACUAUAGUUACAGUUUUAGUACACAGAUAAAAUAGCUUCGGCUCACUUUUUUGUGAAUUGCAUCAAAUGUACUUCAGAUGAGUAGGCCCAAAAGGAAUAGUAAAUGUUAUCAGUUUGAACCUU